UGUCUGGUAUAAGCUAACAUACAUUUGCAGUGCCAGCACUGGUCAAGAUGUUAAGGUAAAUGGAUUUCUAGACAGGAUGGAAGAUGAGAUUACGGAGCAUUUUCUGCAGACAGUCACUUCUAAAGUCCAGGGAACACUGAAAGAGCACUUCAAAAAGUGCGACAGUGGUUUUGACAACAUCCUUGAAUCCUUAAAGCAAAGCUUUUUGGCAUUUGGGAAGAAAAAAACAGGCAUGUAUGAGGCCCUUGUCAAGGCUGUCAACAUCAUCAUUAUUACAGAAUACGUGCAGGCCCUCCUGACCACUUCCAGGAAACAAUCUUCUGUGCAGAGGAGGAGGAUUGUCAGCAAGAUCGAAGAAGAUCACAGAAGGCUGCAAACCAUCUUUAAAGAGUGCUUAGGUCCUGCGGCCGGUCCCCUUAAGGAUCCCAUAAAAGCAAUUUUAGGACUUAUUCAAACUUCUGAUGCUGAGGGGAUGAAAAUAGCUCUUCUGCCCAUUCUCAAAGAAUUUCCUGACCUAAGGAAGGAACAUCUCAGUGCAGUGCUGGACAUCAAAGACUCGGUCAGCCGAGAAGACAGAGCUGCGAUCUUGAAGGCAUUUCAUGAUAACUGCCAGGAAUCAGAAACAGAAGCAAACUUGCUUUUUGCAGAUAUAGAAGUAAAACCUAGAAAAUAUGGGCUAUGUGGCUGCUUCUGCUGUUAGCAAAGGCCUGCUGUGAAAAACAUGAGGUCUUGCUCCCACGUGGCAGCGUCUGCAAUCACGGCUCCUUGAAAGCUUCAGUGACCCGUGCAGCCGGGUGCCCGGAGAAGCCUGACAGCUAUGGAAGUCAUGAUUCCUGUGCUUUUGCAGGAAAAGCAUGGGGCCUGAAUCCCAAUCUAUGCAAAGUCCAGGCAGAAGAUGAAUGGGACACGGCAGAAAGACAUUCCUUCAAAAUUUCCUGGAGACUGCUGUUUAGCUGAGUCUUGGUGGUUAUUCAUAGGAUGUGUCACAGUGGUGUGCAGAGGAGGAAGGUUCCCCUUCACAAAAUUUCUCUGUUUCCAUGCCUUGUUUCAUGCAGUCUUAUGCAAAACCAGGGACUGCUGCACCACACGGCAUCUUAGCAGAUGACACGGCAUCGCAACCUCCCCAAGGGCCCAGGACUCUCCGUUAGGGAAUCCUUCCUGGCCCGUGGUCCCAGCGAUGCCUGCAGGUUUGGGCACCUGGAUCCACCCCCCCCCCCCAAGCCUGACCUGCACCAGGAGGGCGCAUACAGAGCUGCCUCUCCCCUCGCUCCCCACACACAAAGGCUGCCAGGGUGACGGCUGUGGGAUGGGGAGCUCUUCCCGUAUGAGUUUUAGAGCUGGCUCUGGAGCAGAGUCUUGCAUUCAUUUUUAUACUUCAGUUACUGGAAAUUUCCUCUUGGAGAGGGAGGGGAAAGCCUCAUGGGAAGCAGGCAGUGAAAGGAGCUGUUUGUCCCAGCCUCCGGGCAAGUUCUGUGCUGUUUUCAGAUGUAAAUAGGCAGUUCCGCCGGGAAAACACUGACUUUUCUUCCCAGUUAUCUAUGGACUGGUCACAACCUCCUGGCUGGAUUUCGUUCAAGGCACUCCUUCGCUAUUGUGUUAAGAUAGGCCAUUGCUGCUCCUCUCUGGCCGUGUCAACAAGCAAAACAAGGCUCUGCUGCCUCAGACAUGCCAGCGCUUUUCUGAGCGGCCACCCCCCUCAAAUCUGCUUCCCUGACAAGAAAAGGGGCACAUUUGUGCAUAGCCCAUCAAUGUGUGAGGUAGGGGAUGUGUCAGGGCCGGGGGCCCUGGGAAAGCGCAGGCUCGGGUGGGUUCUGCCGCGCUCCGCAGUGCCGUGCCAUCACCCCAGGGACGCGGGUGUCCCGGCUCAGGGGCAGCUUGUCCGCCCAGAGCCCUUCAUGCAGGGGGGUGCUGUGAGCUUGAGGGGAGCCGGUUUGUAAUUGUCAUCAGCUUUGCUCCUGGCACAGCGCUGAGUGUGGAGCAAGUGGCAGAGAGGCAGGGAGGAACAGGCUGCCCCAUCUCCAGGGAGUCCCCUGCGGGCUUUUGGGGCACCAUGAGACCUCGGCAUCGUUACACUCCAUCCCUCACACCAUUAAAGGGCAGUGAGAGCGUCCUGUGGCCUGCCAGCCCUUCCUGACCACACCUCUGCUUCAGAGGCCCCGCUCCUGUGUCCCUUGCAUU